AUGGGCCACAAGCAUAAAAGAAAAGGAAGAAGAAAUAAACAUCAGCAACCUUCUUUACCACCUUUGGAUGAAGACUUUAAAUAAAUUCUCUAUAUGGAGGCUCUGGAGGGCAUGAAUAAAUUAAAAAAUUCAAAAGAUCUCUUCCUUUAGAAAUUAGUGAAGAAUGCAUAUUUGUUAUCAAAAGCAUGGUUUGAAACCUGGAAAUUGCACGUUGGAUAUGAUGCUAUUUUAAAGGGUGAAUAACCUGGAGGUAAGAAAUAUGGAAGGCAAUAAAUUGGGGAGAUAAAUAAGGAUUUAAUAGCAGAUGAAAAAUUGUUUCAUGCUACACCACAGAUAUAUAGAUAAUUGGAUCCUCCUUUGAAUGAUGUAUAACCCGUCAAAGAUUACAUUCUCAUUACAUAAGAGGUUUGGGAAUUCUUUUAUGGAAAAUACAAAGGUUAAGCGAUUACAAGAAUAGCAAAUUAGUAAAAUGAGUUUAAUUUGAAGUUGAUAAGUCCUAACAUAAUUUUUAUGACUCAAGAGAAAUUGAAUGAGAUUCAGUCACUUAAUUAAAAUUAAUUGAUUAGUUCCCUCGACUUAUUGAGAAUGAGAAAAGCGCAAUUGUUUAGUGAUUGGAAAUUCACUGAUUUGGAAGCAUAUUGCUAAUAAAUAAUGGAGAGUAAUAAUAUUUAAAUAUGGUUAAUGAAUCCUUUAUAUGAAAAUAAUCAGAUUAAAUUGCAAUUGAUAAAAACUAUUCAUUAAUAGAAAAAUGUUUUGUUGGGUGAAUAAUUAAUAGACGCAGAAUAUUAAUAAUUUUAUUUGUCACAGUUUUUAAAAAAUCAUUUUAUUAUGGUAGUAUUUUAGAAUGCAGUUGAAUUAUCUUAAUUAGAUGUCAAAUUUGAGUUAAAUUAGAGUGGAUGUUGUUUUAAUUGUGGAUCGAAGGCUUUAUUGAAUUAUUCAUGUGCUUGCAAGAAAGUAUUUUAUUGUAGUGAUACUUGCAGAUACAAGGAUUAAGAAUUUCAUUCAAGACAAUGCACAAAAGCUUACGAUUCACAAGAUGAUGAAGACUUUGAUGCAAUCACUUAUGACAAUCUAUCUACUAAAUAUGGAGCAGGAUUAGUACGAAUUUGGGUAAUACUUGCUUUUAUGAAUUCAUCUCUAUAGAGUCUCUUUAGUUCAACUCAUUUCUAGGAAUUCCUUUCGAACAAAUAAUAUUGGACUUAGAAUACUUUGAAACGAAAUGUGUAACUCAAUUACAAAUUAGAGAAGCUCCUAAGAAACCUAUUGACUCAUAAUGAAGCAUUCUCUCCAUAUAGUUUCAGGUAGCAAUUGGCUCAAAAAUAUCCAUUUUUUGGAAAGGAUUAUUAAUAGGAUGCUGCAGAAUUUAUACUAUAUCUUUUUGAUGCUUUAAACGAAGAGUUGAUAUUGAAGGAUGAUAAAUAGAAGCCUGAAUAGUAAUAAUUAGAAUUAGCUGAUGUUGAUAAGGCAGAACCUGAAUAAGCGAAUAGUGACAGUGAUGAUGAAAGUAGUGAAGAAAAGGAAAAUCAAGAAUCUUAAGAGUAAUAAUAGUAGUAACAGAUGCAAUUCCAUAACAGAGUACAAUAAAAUUAAAUCAACAAUGAUAAUUAUGAAAAGGCAGUAGAGAUGAUCCACAAACUAAAUAAUCAAUAAAUUGAAUGUCCAAUCUGUGAAUAAAAGACAUAAAGUUACGAAUAAUUUUCAAUAUUACCACUCCCUUUAAAUGCUGCAUGUUAAUCUAAGCGCAAACAUUUGGUUGAUGUAUUUGUCAUUUCAAAUGAUUGGUAUCAACCAUGUAAAAAAGUUGUUUAUGAAUAUCAACCAAAUACAACUUUGUUAAUGGAGGUUAAAAGAGAUAUUGCAGAGAGAUUGGGGAUUGAACCUACGACUUUAUUAGGAGCAUUGUGUGUAAAUAGUAUAAUAGAUAUGUAUUUAUUACAUGAUGAAGAUAAUCUUUCAAAAAUCAUAAAUGAUAAUUAAAAUAGUUACUUUUGCCUUUUUUAAUUAGACCAGAGCAUUUAUUCUAUAACUAAUGAAGAAUAAUAUUUUGAUGUGAUGAUCUAUUCAUUUGAAAAAAGGAAUGCAUUCUCUUAUUAAUGUGAAAAUGUAUGUGUAGCCAUUCCAAAGAUAUUGGUAGUCAAGAAAUCAUGUACUGCAGCUCAAAUAUAUCAAUAAAUCUGGAAUAAACUUGGAGAGCAUUCCAACUCCAAUUAAUUAAAAGAUAUUUAAAUUGAUGAACCUUAAUAGCAAAAUCUAUUAAAUUCAUAGUAACUCAAGGAAGCUCUGAAUUACUAGGUAACCAUUCAAACUAGAUUGCCAUCUAAAACUCCUUGUCCAUUUACAUGUGGCAAAUCAUUUAAAAAAGAGUAAAAACCUCAUUCUUGUGAAUUACCUUUCAAUAAUUCAACUACUUUGAACGACUAUUUGAACAAAACAAAUUAUCCCAAUGCUGGUACUUCAUUAUCAAUUGAAUUUGUGGAAAAUGCCAUACCUAAAUCCAUAAGAAUAGAAUUUGAACCUAAAAAUAACUACUUUAAACAUGAUAAAUCAUUAGAUCUAUUAGAUCUGAUUGACAAUUUCGAAUCUAAGGAACCUUUAGUUGAUGAAAAUGCUUAUCAUUGUACCACUUGUAAUGAUUUAACUUUCGCCAUAAAAACAAUGAGUUUUUAAAAACUUCCAGAUUAAUUGAUAAUUCAACUCAAAAGAUUUUAGUAUGAUGAACAUAAGGGGUUCUAGAAAAACAAUAUUGUAGUCGCAUAUCCUGAAAAUAUAAUCAUAAAUUAGAUAGACUAUGAUUUAUAUGGUGUAGUAUAGCAUUUUGGAGGAUUAGACAAUGGUCACUAUACAGCAUAUGGUAAGAGAUCAAAUAAAUGGAUUGAAUUCAAUGACAAAUAAACAAAAGAAGUAUAAGUGAAUGAUGUAAUAAACGACAAGAACGCGUACAUUCUAUUUUAUUAGAAGAAAUGA